AUGGCCGUGGGCGGCGAAGGAGUACGGUUGUUCGCUUCGGAGAGCUAUGACAAGCGGCUCAAGGUGGGUCAGUUCGUUCAGUACUGGUCCACCUCCAAGAACAAAUGGAUCGAUGCCGUCGUGAAAGCGGUGGAUGCUACUGGUGCAGUCCAGAUCAGUGUGAAGCCGAGGGCCUGGCUGAACCAGCAGGAGCAGUCCACCAAAAUUCGGAGCAUAGUGCCGUUACUGCCCCCCAAAUCCGCAGAGCCGCACGGCGAGAGUAAGACGACAGAGUUUAUCGCCGAAUCCUCGCAGCGCCCCGAGAACACCAAGUACACGAAUGGCUUCAGCACGAAUGGUGUGACGAACGGCACCAAGCCGCCGGCCGCUGGCGCAGCUGCAGAUGCCGCCCAGCGUAGCGACCGCUCCAAAGCGUUGUAUUCUGUGUUCUCCGAGUGGGACUCCCAGCGCCAGGGCAUCACCAAGAACUCAGGUCCUGUGGUGCCUGGAAGGAUUCCUCCAUCCGGGCUUCGGCAAGAGCUGAAGGUAUUCAAGGAGAACGAGAAAGACAUACGACAAUACAAGCUGUUCCUGCUUCAGCAGCCUCAGCGAUGCGUGCGUAAGCGCGUCACAAGCUUGCUGUGGCAGACGUUUUAUAAUGUGGUCCGUGAGAAAUGUGCCAAACUCCGACAGCAGCCCGACCGCCGGACAAAGGCUAAUGGAGAUGGAUCGAGCUCGUCGCGAGCCGAUCUGGAGGCGGAUUUCAAGGUGGCCUUGGAGGAAGCCGAGACCUGCCUUCAGCAUAUAUGCACGGAGGUGCGGGAGAAGGUCGAGUCUGCGGACUCCUCCGAAGAAGAUGCCGAACGCCUGCAGGCCCACCGGGAAAUUUUGGGCCACAUCUGCAUCAUGCUGGCAGAUCUGGAGCGCUACCGCGCCACCUCGGGCUCGGGCGACUCCAAGGCUGCGCUCGCUCGCGCGGACAAGUUGUAUUGUGCCUCCCUGAGCGCUUGUUCGGAACUGGGUCAAGCCUUCAACCAAAGAGGGUUGGUGGCUGCACACCAGGGCAACAAGCUCAAGGCAGUACGUUGCGGCUUCCAUUCCAUGCUGUGCGCGAUCCGCUUCCCGAAGAGCGAGCAAAAUCUUCUCGUUUGGCUCGGGCAAGUGGCCGAAGAUACUGUGCCUCAGAGCGUCGUUGAUCGACUUCGUGGUGCACCUGUGGUGCCCAACUUGGGCCGGGCAGCUCAGGGGGCAGUGUGCCAGUUGCAGCUGACGCUGCUGCAGCUCCGCGACGGCGACUCUGGAGAACCUGCCCAGCGCCAAGGCGCCAUCGGCGAGCUCAUCAACAAAGCUCAGGCCAAGAUGAAGGAGGCUGUGGCCGGCGUGGACACUGACAAGGGAGAUCAAGGACCAGACCUUGAGUGGAUUCUGGAGACCCUGAUGAUCAGCAUUUGCGCCGCCGCCUACCACCGCAGGGGCCAGCCACAGGCAACAGGCAAGCCGACUGUGCUCGACAAGCUCAUGGAUGGCUACACCUCUACUGCCUUCUGGGCCUGGGACUGGGUGGUGCGCUUCGGCCUUUGCCUUGCCAAAGAAACGAAAGAAGGUGAACGGGAGGAGUCUGGAGCCUCGCCAUUCCUCGCACCGCUGGGUCUUCUGUGCUUGCUGGCAGCCCGGGUGGUGCCCCACUCCUGGAGGAGCUCCGUCUCCGCACCCUUGCACGAUGCUUUGCGUCAACUCAACAUGAGCGAGGAGAAUGCAGAAGCAGCGGAGCUGCUUCGCUUUGCGCUCCCUGAAGAUGAGGUGGCAGCUGGGCUUCUGCCAAUACCCGAGACGGAGACGGAGAGUAAGCAAGGCAGCCGUGCAUCGGCCGGCAAGACUUCGGAGGACGAGGCCUCGGAGGACGAAGUGGUCCUGCAAACUCCUGUGGUCAAGGUCGCAAGUCCCGAGAAGAAGGUCGACAGUCCCGGUUCGAAUCCUGUCCGAACAGGCCAGAGGCCCAUGGCACCGGCACACCUCCACACGCAGGUUCGCCGAGCCCGAUUGUCCUUUUGCCUACGGACCGCCGCCGAAGGCGUCGCCAAGGAGCUCCGACCGGAAGCACCCCCGCCACGGGGCCCGGAGACCCGCUUGCCUGCUGGCCCAGCCGCUGCGGAUUUCCAGGGCGCCUGGGGCGGAGCGUGGGGAGAGGGCCAUGGUUGGGCCGAAGGCUACGACGAAUCCGGAUGGCCCGCGUGGGGGAACGACGAGUGGGGGGAUGGUUGGGCUGAGAAUCACAUGGACGAGGGUCAAACCUUGGAGGAGCUCGGAGAAGAGCCUGAUCUCUGGGAUAUGCCGGAUAUGGCUGCGGCUGGGGAUGCGCCGUGGUACGGUGGCUACGGCUAUGGACCGCCAGGGGACAGUCCAUCAGUUCCGCCGGGCUAUGGUGCAUCCGCAUGGCUGGCCGGUACCCAGGAGGCCUGGUAUGGCAUGGCUCAGAACCCUCCGGCCUUGCCGGCGCCUGCUCCAGGCCUGGAGGCCGUGGGCUGCCUGGGUCCGCCCCCAGGACUCGCUCGGAUGCCGGAGAGCCACCCCGAGGCUGAUGGCUGCCAUCUUCCUUUGGUGGAUCUGGCCUUUCUGGAUGAGGAUGCCGACAUGGAUCCGAAGCCAUCCAUCGCGGGCCCCAGUGUGCUAGGUGCCAACAG